AUGUUGUUGCCUCGUCAUCGCGCGGCUAACAUGGUUAUCAUACACUUUCUUCUCUUCUGGUUGUUCCUUGCUACCAACACGGUUGGUCAAAUUACAGCAGCGCCCUCCUGUCCAGCUCAAGCAGACCCCUGGUACUCGCAGCUUGGACUGCUGGUGCAGAAGCGUGACAUUAGAACAUACUGUGAUUCGAGCAGCAAGUUCUACUGCUACCAACCAGCUGCUUGCGUCUCUGGAAGUGAUGGGUGCGCGUGCUUCCUAUACAUUGGCUGCUGCACAGCUAUUGGCACCACUUGCGCUCCUCGUACAAGGUGCAUCGAUUAUACAUCGGGCAUCACAGCUUCUUGUGACUAUGUCACUGGAGGAUGCGUCUACUGUUCCGAGCCUAGUCUUCCGUUCUGCGUCAAGGCAUACAGACACAACAACUAUGUCUUCAGCUGCGGUACCGCACCAUUGACCACCACUUACGCUGACACCGCAACCGUAAGUCCGCUUCUUGCGCCUACGGAUGGAUUUGCUACGCCCUCGGCUGCUCCUACGACCGAUGCGCAGCCUACGCAGACCAGCUCUAGUAGCAUCGAAACGUCUUCACCUUCGACAUUGAUGGCAGUAUCUGUGUCAGCAGCUUCACCGCCAUCAUCUGCAAGCAAGACUACAAAUACUUCUACACCCGACCCAGCUCAGACUGGCUCUAUGGCCAGCUCUCGCGGACUCAUCGUUGGUGUUGUGAUUGGAGCAGCUGCUGGUUCGGUGCUCUUGUUGGUACUUGCUUUCAUCGUCUGGAAGUGUUGGAAACGUCGCAGAUAUGGUCCUGGGAGCACAUCCAAGGGCAAAUCGAACAAGGCUGCUUACUCUCUGGGUUCAGGCGAAGACAGCAUCACAGAGCACACCAACGAUCAACACGACGUGGUGAACGGAUUGCUGAGCCCAAAGGGUCCAGCAGAGCUAGAAGAGCAGUCAAGUCGCUCAACGAAUGACGCGCCUGGAUUUAUAAAUGCUCACGAUGCUGCCAAAGGCGUAGAGCUUCCUGCCCAUAACACCCCUGGUGCUCAGCCGUACUCACCAGAAGAUAUUCGCGGAGCAGCAGAAGCACCGUCCAACAGUCCUCCUUGGUCCUCGCCUAGCAUUGCCAUGACAAGCCCAACUCCAUCUAACUCGUCACUGUGGAUGACGCCUGGAAUGGGAACGCCUAGAGUACCAUCACAGUACGUUGCAUACACACCAUCUUCGGUCUACUCUGCCAGUGGACAGCCACCAUCUAGCCUCCCUCAGUCAAAGUACAGGGACGAAAACAUCACACAAGGUUACCCAUUGGCAGAGUUGGAGGGGCACGAGGUUGGCAGAGCACAGUGA